CUCUCUCUCUCUCUCUCUCUGCGCGAAUCCAAGUCCUACCCGUGACAUUGCAGAGAAAUUCAUCGAAAUUUCUCUGCAAGUGACCGGCUUUUCGAUUGCGGCGGAUUCCGCUGCUGCAUUUCCGAUUCGGGUCGUCGUCGAUCUUCGGGAAGAAUCCAAUUUCCGCCGGCGAUUUGAUGAAAUGCUCGGGCAGAACGCAAUGCCGGGUGCCGGAAGCUGAAAUCCUUUUGGUUCGUCGGAUGGAUCGUUGCGUAUUCAACUCGCGAAUUGUGGAUUCUCUUUGAUGAAAGUUCGAGCCUUUGGCGUUUUCGAACUGCGUGUCGAUUUCGGGCCGGUAAGAGUAUCAAGUGAGAUUUGCAGCCUUGGAAGUGUAUACUCCAUCAAUAUGGCACUCUAGAACCUAAGAACGUGGCAGUUGGAAGAUGGCUUUGAAUUCUGAGGACGGACAAGCUGAGGAUUAUUUAUUCAAGAUAGUUUUAAUUGGCGAUUCAGCGGUUGGGAAGUCAAAUUUGCUUGCAAGAUUUGCCAGAGAUGAGUUUUACCCUAAUUCGAAGUCCACAAUCGGAGUGGAAUUCCAAACACAAAAAUUAAAUAUCGAUGGCAAGGAGAUUAAGGCACAAAUCUGGGAUACAGCAGGUCAGGAGCGGUUCAGGGCUGUCACCUCUGCAUACUACAGAGGCGCAGUUGGAGCGCUGCUUGUCUACGAUAUUAGUAGGCGCCAGACAUUUGAUAGCGUCGGUAGAUGGCUUAAUGAACUUCACACUUAUUCCGAUAUGAACGUGAUAACAGUUCUGGUUGGCAACAAGUCGGAUCUAAAGGAUGCGAGGGAGGUGAGCGCUGCCGAAGGCAAGACAUUGGCGGAGGCACAGGGCUUGUUUUUCAUGGAGACAUCGGCCCUCGAUUCCUCGAACGUGGCUGCUGCAUUCCGAACCGUGGUUAAAGAAAUAUACGGGGUACUGAAACGGAAAGUGGUGCAGUCCCAGGAACUCAAUAAGCAAGACCUGGCAUGGUUAGGGAACGGGAAGACCGUUGUCCUAGAAGGAAAGGGCAAGAGCACAGAAGCCACGGCCCCUCAGAAAUCUUGGUGUUGCGGGACAUGAAUGAACCAUAACAUUAACAUAGGAGGUUGGGAAACAGUCGUUCCCAUCUUUGCGGUGCCUGUUCUCAGGGAUUUAUUUGCGAGUCGAGCUCCUGGUAUUUCCUUCUCCUCCAGGUAUCAAAUUCUUGAAAGAAACACGUUCAUUAAAUUACUGACCUCUUCUUCUGCAUUUUUUUGGGAAAUUGCCUCUGGAAUAGAGAAUGUAUAGGGCAUGAAUCCUUUCCAAGAAUCUAUAAAAUUUGAUGGAGAAACUGAUGUAUGUAAACUCCCUCUCCACCUUGUUUUUUCCCCCUUCAGGUGCAGCAUGUAUCUAAUUUUACACUUUUUAUUUCCUUUCCCGAUCUAUUCUAUCAUAUAACUUUAAAGAAA